UGCAGCGGUGUAUAAAAGCCCGGUGUCGCGCUGCUAACUCGCGCAUUCAGUCCCUGGAUUUCCUGCUCUACAUCCUCCCGCCUGCAUUUUGCAUUUUUCAUUAUCACCUGAUAUUCCGCUAAAAAAUGUCGAUCAAGAAGAUUUUCGCUCGUCAGAUCUUUGACAGUCGUGGCAAUCCCACGGUGGAAGUGGACCUGACGACGGACAAGGGUGUUUUCCGCGCGGCGGUUCCCUCGGGCGCCUCCACGGGCAUCCACGAAGCAGUGGAACUGCGGGAUGAUGUCAAGGGCGAGUACCACGGGAAGGGCGUCAGUAAGGCCAUCAAGAACGUCAACGACGAGAUUGCGCCCAAACUGAUUGCGCAGAACUUCAAAGUCAGCCAGCAGAAGGAGAUCGAUCAGUUCAUGAUCCAGCUGGAUGGGACGAAGAACAAGGGGCGUCUGGGCGCCAACGCCAUCCUGGGUGUGUCCAUGGCCGUGGCCAAAGCAGCUGCGGCGGAAAGUGGCCUGCCGUUGUACCGCUACUUGGCCAGUCUGGCUGGUAACAAGGACAUCAUUCUGCCAGUGCCCUCUUUCAACGUCAUCAACGGAGGUUCCCACGCUGGAAACCGCUUGGCGAUGCAGGAGUUCAUGGUGAUGCCGCUGGGUGCCAAAAACUUCUCCGAGGCGAUGCGCAUGGGCAGUGAAAUCUACCACCACCUCAAGAAAGUCAUCCAGGAUCGUUAUGGCAAAUCGUCCGUUGGUGUCGGCGACGAAGGUGGUUUUGCUCCCAACAUCACUGAAGGCCGCGACUCACUGCAGUUGAUCAAGGAUGCCAUUCAGCUGGCUGGCUACACGGAUAAGGUGAAGAUCGCCAUGGACACGGCUGCAUCGGAGUACUACAAGGAGGCCACCAAACAGUACGAUCUGGACUUCAAAAACAAGGAUUCGGACAAGUCUAAGUGGUUGAGUGGCGAUGCCAUGGGUGACGUGUACAAGAGCUACAUUAAGGAGUUCGAUGUGGUGUCUCUGGAAGAUCCCUUUGACCAGGAUGACUGGGAAUCAUGGGUUAAACUGACCGGAAGCGUCGAUAUCCAGAUUGUUGGCGAUGACCUCACCGUCACCAACCCGGAGCGCAUCAAGAUGGCCCAGGAGCGGAAAGCCUGCAACUGUCUUUUGCUGAAAGUCAACCAGAUCGGCUCCGUCACCGAAUCGAUCGAAGCGGCUCAGUUGGCGCAGUCCCACGGCUGGGGCGUCAUGGUUUCGCAUCGUUCCGGUGAAACGGAGGACGCCUUCAUCGCCGAUCUGGUGGCGGGAUUGGGCGUUGGCCAAAUCAAAUCGGGUGCUCCUUGCCGCUCGGAACGGCUGGCCAAGUACAACCAGCUGUUGCGCAUUGAGGAAGAGUUGGGCGGUCAGGCCAAGUAUGCCGGCGCGAACUUCCGCAAUCCCAAACGAUCUUCCUAAAUCUGGAAUCAAAAUGAAUGCUCUCUCUCAGUGUGUUUGGCUUUUGAGUCUUUUUGGUUAUUGUGUUGUUGCUGGGUUUAGUUUGAUUUGGUUUUUUAGCGGAUGUUAAUGUGUUUAAUUUGCUGGCCGCCGUUUGAGCUCGGUGCACGCUGGAUGUGAUUUGUGAUGGAUAUAUCUUAUUGGUGUGGCUCUCGGUUAGAGAAUAAUAAUUAUUUUUGUCAUGAAA